GCAUACACAUACACAGUAGAAGCCGAGAGCGCCAGCGUCACCGCGGAACAGAACGUACCGGAAGAUACAAAUACAGAAAUGAGGCACUUCCUUCGUGUGCCGAGGGCUUCCCUUUGCGCCGCUGCGGUGUGCAGUGCUGGUGUCGCCUCCAGGUCGGCGCCCUCUUCUACCGCCGUUACCGCCGCUUUCACCUGCGCCGUCCGCUGGCAGGCCCAAUCGCGGCCCUACGGCCGUGGGGGUGGGGGCUCCACAGGCAGAUCUACCGUUGUGAACCGCUCUGAUAGUGAAGGCUCACAACUGCUGAAUAAAACGAAGGAUGGCGAGCUCAGCUUCGACACCCGUGUGGCGAUGCGCGACGACUCCGUCAUCUUAACCGAAAUCUUCAAGCACGUCCCACCGCAGGGCGCCAUCUCGAUCAAGUCCCUCUUCUCUGCGUUAAACGACGAUGUGCAGGAGGCGCUGUGCGAGAAGCACAACGGUCUGCGCAGUUUCGUGGAGCAACGCAAGCAGAUCUUCACCGUGCGGCCGCACCCGACGGACGGGGUGCUGUACGUGGUGGGCAACCCACUCGUUGCCAAGCAGUACGCCACGCGCGACCUGCAGCUCAAGACGAUGCGCCAGAUGAUGGGCCUUACGGAGGAGGAAACUGCCAUGUCACAGCGGCAGCAGCGACCGGGCAGCAACUUCGGCCCCCGCGGCGGCGGCGGCGGUGGUGGUCGCGGGGGCGGCGGAAACUACAACCGGAACUACCGAAGGGACAACAGCGGCGACGAUCGCGGACAGGGUCAGGGGCAGGACCAGCGGCGCUAUCAAGGCAACAACGCCAAUCGCAGCUACAGCAAUAGCAACAGCAAUAGUAACAACACGCAGUACGGUGGCAGUGACCGCCGUCGGCCGCCGCCGCCGCCGCGCGAUGAUCGCCGCUCCUACGGAGGAGGCAGUAGAUCCAACCCAUACAACAAUAGUGGACCCCCGCAGCGACCUAAUAGGGGGCCGAUGGGUUCGCACGCGAAAUCCUUUGGCACUCGCAGCUGA